GUGCAGUUCGCCUCCUGUCCGCUCGGGGCGCUGCUACUCGUCGCCCUCGGUAGUUCUCGUGCUCGGUGGUUUCCUCCGGAUUUAAACACCGACAUCCCCACACACUGCGCAGAGAGAGACGCAGCUCGAAGGUCAAAGCUGAGGGCCAUGGCUCGUGGGCAGCAGAAGAUUCAGUCCCAGCAGAAAAACGCCAAGAAGGCAGCGGAUAAGAAGAAAGGUCAGGCCCCCGACCAGAAGACUGCGGCGAUGGCGGCGCUGGUCCACACCUGCCCGGUCUGCCGGUCUCAAAUGCCCGACCCCAAGACUUUCAAGCAGCACUAUGAGAACAAACACCCCAAGUGCCCGAUGCCUCCGGAUCUGGCCGACGUUCAGUCAUAGAGAACCGUCGCCUGCAGCCGACCUGAACCCUGAUACACGAUGACCACGGACUUGAGUUGCUGCACCCGAAGGAUGUUGACGAACACUGGGGACUUGUCAGGACUCGUGGACAUGGGGACGGACGGAGGGGAGUCGCAGGAUGUGUGUAUGUGCUGUGUACGUACGUGUGUGUUUGCAUAAGAGAAAAACAACAACCACGGGGGGGGGGCAGUAGUACACCACCAGCCCACUUUUUUAUAUUUAUUGUGUACAACUACGUCGCUAUUUCAGAUCAUGGGGGAGGGAGCAGAACCAGCAAGAUCUCCUGCUAACACUGAAUGAAACUAUGUUGUGACUAAUGAUGGGGAGAGUUGACAUGUCUGAAACAGCUACGGGGGGUACUGGUGGUCCACAGUGGACACGGCUCGGCUGUCUCCCGUUUUGUCCCCAUCUGGUCUCACAGAGGAUUAAAAUGUGGUUAAUGUCUGAAGAGCUCCGCCUCCUCUGUGCUGCUGCUCCUCGGGGCUCCUCCCUCAGUAACACCUCACCACAGAACCUCACGUUCCGCCGGACAGCAACUCUCAUGGUUAUCUUUAUUUUAUUUUCACCAAAUUCUUCUACUUAUUUUUGCUUAUUUCAGCGUCAACCUCCUCGGCCGCUUUCUCUGAAUAACCUCUGCAAUAAAUCCAUCUUUGUUUUGAGGCUCAGCUUCGUUUCACGCUAACAAACACUCAGAAGUUUCCUCGAGGACCGAACAUUUAGAUUUGAGUCCAUAACAUCCCAAAAUAAUCAGUCCCUGUUGUUUCUGGUCAAAUGCUCGCGAGUAGGAAAAGAAACUUCACGAAUUCGCUUCAAUGUACUUGUACUUACCCUUUCAAAUAAAUCGAACAUGUAUUUAA